AUGACAACCAUGGACCAGAUCUUCUCGGCCUACCAAUCCCGCCUCCGCGACCUGGAAGCCAGACAACCGACCAACCCCUUCGCCAAGGGCAUCGCGUGGAUCCAGCACGGCGUGUAUCCGAUCCACGAAGCCCACAUCCCCAUGCUGGACCAGGGUUUCCUGCACAGCGACCUGACCUACGACGUGCCCUCUGUCUGGGCGGGGCGCUUCUUCCGGCUCGACGACCACCUGGCGCGCCUGGAGCGGUCAUGCGCCAAAUUACGUCUCCGCGCACCGCUCUCCCGCGCAGCCAUCAAACGCACCCUCUGCGCCAUGCUCGCGCGCUCGGGCAUCCGCGACGCCUUUGUCGAGAUCAUCGUCACGCGCGGCCUCACGGGCGUGAGAGGUCUCACGGCCGCGGAAGUGGCGGGCCUGUCGAAUAACCUGUACAUGUUCAUCGUGCCGUACGUGUGGGUCAUGAGUCCGCAGGUGCAGUGCGAGGGGAGCGGGAGUGCCGUGGUCGCGCGCUCGGUGUACCGGACCCCGCCUGCGUGUAUGGAUCCCACGGUCAAGAAUCUCCAGUGGGGGGAUCUUACGAGGGGGAUGUUCGAGGCGGGGGACCGUGGCGCGGGAUAUCCUUUCCUUACGGAUGUGAGCGUGAGCGCAAGCGGGAGCGUAAGCGAGCGCGAGGGCGACGUGAGUUCAAGUGAAGGUGUGCGUCAAGUCGACAACAACGUCGACGUCAAUAUUACCGAAGGCUCGGGCUUCAACAUCGUCAUCAUCAAAAAUUCCACGCUCUACACGCCGCGCAAGGGCGUCCUCGAGGGCGUCACCAGGGAGAGUGUCUUUGAGUGCUGUCGUCGUCUGGGCGUCGCCUAUGUCCUUGACAAAGUCCCCCUGCGCAUGGCUUACGAGGCGGACGAGAUCUUCAUGUGCACUACUGCUGGCGGAAUCAUGCCUAUUACUAAGCUCGAUGGGAAAGCUGUGGGCGAUGGGACCGUCGGGCCGAUCACGACGCGGAUUUGGGAUCUUUACUGGCGGUUGCAUUUUGACGAGGGGUUUAGCUUUGCUGUCGAUUAUGAGGAUGAGAGGGGGUUGGAUGGGCGGGUAGAGGAUGAGGAUAGGGAUGGGAAGGGUAGCCAGGCGAAUGGGUUGAGCAGGAGGGAGGGAGAAGAAAGUGCAAAGGCCUAUGGGGAUGCUAAUGGGAAGGUCAUCAACGGGACGGCGCAUUGA